UGAUAUUAUCUCGUUAAUAUUUUGUGUUUAUGGAUUGAUCUGCACGUUAUUUUUAUUUUUCUUAAAUAUGUGACUUGACUGAUGUGCUUUUCAGAAACUACUUGUAAGUUACAAACAAGGAAAUGGUAUAGUCUGUGGUUGUUGUGAUGUAGAGGUAUGUUCAUAUACCUACCGGAGUGAAAGUGCUAAGAUAAGCUUCAUGAUUUUUGUUCCAGGUAAACAGAUAAGCCCUUCACAGUUUAAAGCCCAUGCUGGAAUGGCGGCUAGGCGUCAACCUUACCGCCACAUAUAUAUACUUCCAAUGGAUUUGCAUAGUGGUCACCAUUUGGUAGAAGAUCAGAAAGCUACUGAAACACAGAUUGACACACCUGUGAAAAAGUUCGGUACAGAGUCUGAUAGCAAAUUAAGGAGAUCAUACAUUGAAUGUCAACAUAAUAUGAUUUGGUUUUCAUCCUCCUUAUGCACUUUUGAUAUCCUUGUUCGUUUGUCCUGCAGCAACAAUUACAAGCACUACUUGAAGACAGGGAAAUAUACAGUACAUAAUGGUACAUUUAUUAAUCGUGCAAUGUUCACUAAGAGCUUCGUUUAGGCGGAAUGUGGAAUCUAUCAAACCACGUCAUAUUGCAUUCCAAGAUUGGUGUCUACAAUGGAAAUGGCGG